AUGCUUGAAAAGCUUCUCUGGAUUUUGGGAAGAAGACCACCACUCGAUUUCGCAUUGGCUACAGUACCUCAAGCAGCCGUUGCAAGACCCAGAAUCACCUAUGAAAGUGUGAAGGAGAUGAUUGAGGAUUUUUCAGUGGUUUUGGGAGUACCGAAAUAUAGGACAAGUAAACGUAAGCGAUUUUUGAAGGAGUUUCAUUCAUGUUUUUUUUUAUUAGAAAACUGUCUGAAAAUAACAUAAAAUAUUUUCAGCAAAGAAAGUUACGCGAAAAUUCUCAUUUUCUCGACUUUUACAACCAAUCGAUAAUUUGGUAACAUGUCCAUCUUGUUCAAAUAUUCAUCCAUCGGAUUCGAUUUGUGAUAAAUGUUAUGAAAAAGUUCGAAGUGUUACGAAUGAGAUCAAAAAGAAAAUGAUGGAAUAUAAUCCAUAUGUUGGAGAUAAACAAGACAAAGAGAUAUUUGUGAAGUUCAAAGGAGAAGAAAUCGAAAAAGAUGAAGUUGUUAAUGGAAAACGGGUUAUUGAAUUGGAAAAAAGAGCGACCGAGUUGGUUUAA